AUGGAGAACGAAAAGGUAAGCACACACAGCUCAUACCGUAGCUACGCGCGCCUGAUCGGCCUUCGAAGGCGCCAGCGCAGAGAUGGAGAGGAAGGGGAAAGGGUCGCGCCAGGCUUGGUGAUGCGCACAAACGCGGAUCCUUGUGUGCUAUGUCGCAAGACAUUGGGAUGGUCAGAGCAGAAAGCGAAGAGGCAGAGGCCUGCAAAGAUGGAGGCUCACAUUGAAUUUGCAGGCACGCUCAUCCAUUAUUCAAGAUACCUUGCUGACGCGCUGUCGCGCGCUUUCUCCACUUCACAGGGAGAUCUCGUCGAUCUUUACGUGCCACGCAAGUGCGCCGCCACUGGCAGGCUCAUCGAGGCCAAGGAUCACGCCUCUGUUCAAAUCGCAGUAGGAGAUGUUGACGAGAACGGUCGUCUCAUUCCCGGAAGCUUUACCAACUUUCCCCUCUCUGGCUACGUUCGCCGCUCCGGAGAGAGCGAUGACUCUUUGAACCGCCUGGCUACUCAGGAAGGACGUGAGUGUCACAGCAGUGGUGAUUCCAUGAUGAGCAGAGUCGGGGAGGAUUGUGGUGGCGAAAUAUGGUUAGAGCGCCACUUCGACGCUCUGGGCGAGGACCUGUGAUCAGAGAAUGAUUUGCUCUCGACGCAAAGCUGCACUCGAUGAUGCGGGUCGCUGGUGAAGAGGGCUCAACAGUCACAGUACUCGUGACUGGUACUCCCAAAGAUAGAAAACGCUCCCAGACAGUCUGUGCCCCAGCUGCGAUCCACAGCGGGCACAGGAUUCCGAUCAAUCUUUUGAUCACUCGCAAAGUGGAGCGAAGAAGGAUGUUUGGACCAGAAAAAGAGCUCGUCGGCUCCAUCUGCUCGUAUACCGACACGCUCUUGGCUGUUGCUGCUGCCUUUCUGGCGCGCUUUGGCCGGGCGUGCCGGCAGCGGGUUGCAAUGAGCUGCACGAGCGUCAGUCUGGUUUCACAUGUAUGCGCUCGCAAGGACCAUUCCAGUCGACAAGGGCGUCCAGGCACACGCAUCGCCGCGUCUAAUGCUGUUGCAAUGCAGGCCACUGACACAGUAUGCUGCACUUCUCUUCUGCACGAAGUCCUGCGCAACGUCUACAGCUACCAAAAGUAG